AUGACCACAGCCCAAUCCAUCGGCAUCGACGCAUUCGCACUAAACUGCGCCAGCAUAGACAGCUACACCCCAACCCAAUUAGCCCUAGCCUACGAGGCAGCGCAGCAAGUCAACUUCAAAGUAUUCAUCUCAUUCGACUUUGCCUAUUGGACCAACGGGGACACAGCAAAUAUCACAGAGUACAUGAAACAAUAUGCAGGCCACCCAGCGCAGAUGCAAUACAAAGGAGGCGCGGUAGUAAGUACAUUUGUCGGAGACAGUUUCAAUUGGGAUGCAGUGAAGCAGGGCACGCCCCAUCCCAUUUACGCAUUGCCAAAUCUCCAAGAUCCCGCUGAGGCUACUACUGGCCCUGCGAAGAGCGCUGAUGGUGCGUUCUCGUGGUUGGCUUGGCCCACGGAUGGAGGGAAUAGUAUCAUCCCAGGACCGAUGACUACCGUCUGGGAUGAUAGAUUUGUUCAUUUUCUUGCAUGGAAAACUUACAUGGCUCCUGUCUCGCCCUGGUUCUCAACGCACUUCAACACCAAGAACUGGGUUUUCGUUUGUGAGAAUCUGCCAACGCUCCGUUGGGAGCAAAUGCUUUCCCUUCAGCCGGAUUUAGUUGAGAUAAUCUCAUGGAAUGACUACGGCGAAUCCCACUACAUCGGCCCAUACUCAGCCCAUCACAGCGACGACGGCUCUUCUCAGUGGGCAGCGGACAUGCCUCACAAUGGCUGGCGCAACCUAUUCAAACCCUACAUCGCAGCCUACAAAUCCGGAGCAAAAGCCCCUACCGUGGAAGUAGAUGAAGUCGUGUACUGGUACCGACCUACGCCCAAGGGAGUUGUGUGCACGGGGGAUAACCUCUCAGCACCAAUGGGAGCUGGCAUGCUCAGUGAUAGUAUCUUUGUCGCAACCAUGUUGAUGAGUCCAGCUACUCUGACUGUGCAGAGUGGGAAUAAAGCUCCGGUUAGCAUUGAUGUUCCGGCGGGGAUUGUUACUUCGAAUGUGACUAUGGGGGUUGGUUCCCAGUCUUUCAAGGUGACUCGGAAUGGACAGACGAUUCUGAGUGGUCAGGGGGUGAAAAACGAUAUGGCUCCUCCUUAUCGACGAGUCGCUGUUAUUGGAGCAGGGCCCUCUGGCCUGGCAGCUGUGCGAGCGCUUGAGCAAGAAGGCUUGUUUGAUUAUAUCCGGGUCUUUGAACGAAAAAGUACAGUUGGCGGUUUAUGGGCCUAUGAGCCGGAACCAGACAGUUUUCAAGUGAACACUCAAAACGAGGUCGCUAAAGUUCCUAGUCAACUUGGACCCAGGACUCCGUGUCUCACGCCGGCGACCCCGGAGCCUCAAGGUCUCCGGGGAGCGGCCUACGAGACCCUUGACACCAAUGCCGGGGCCCGCACGAUGGCCUUCACGCAUACGCCGCUGCCAAUGGCCAACUCGGUAGCCUCAAUACGGAAAUUCGGCCGAGAUAAUCCGUCUCGACCGCGUCACGUUGUUUUACGCUACCUAGAGGAAUUAUUCGUCCCUUUUCUACAUUUACUCGUUCUUGACACCACUGUUGAAAAAGCCGAGAAAACCGAGGAUGGUCAAUGGAAGCUCACGCUUCGGCGCCGAAAUGUCGAACACGGCGCAUCAAAUCCAUCCAAGGAUUACUGGUGGGAAGAGCGAUUUGAUGCAUUGGUGGUAGCGUCGGGGCAUUUCACAGUUCCCAAUAUUCCUGAUAUCGAAGGUCUAGUCGAGACCUCCACCGAGUUUCCGGAAAAGUUUGAGCAUUCCAAAUCCUGGAGGACUCAGAACUCAUAUGUCAAUAAGAAAAUUGUCAUCGUUGGCGGCGGCAUAUCCGCUGCAGACCUUGUUGAGGACCUCCAUCAAAUCGUCAAGGGCCCGCUGUAUGUCUCCCGGCGCGGCGACGUGGGCUUCCUCGAAGAUGCAUGGUGUCUUCCCAAUGUGAUCAGUAAAACGACAAUCUCGCGCAUAUCUGGUGCUUCAGGCGGUACUGUAGAAUUUCAGGACGGGACAAUCAUCACUGGCGUCGACAAGAUCAUUUUCGCUACGGGAUACAAACUUUCUUACCCAUUUCUGCCUUUCGAGGCUGUGACGCCACAAAACAGACUGGCUGGAUUCUACCAGCACAUUUUCCGUAUCGGGGAUCCCUCCCUUGCUGUUAUUGGACAGGUCCGAGCAGCAAUUAGCUUCCGCAUCUACGAGUAUCAGGCUGUAGCGGUUAGUCGCUUCUUCGCCGGGCGUUCCAAGGACUUGCCUAUCCAAACAGAACAAGAGGACUGGGAGGAACGGAGACUACAGUACAAAGGACCGACCGAGCUGUUCCACGAAAUAAAGCCGGAUUUUGUGGACUACUAUGGCUGGUUGCGAGAAUUCGCAGGUCAUCCAGCAGGAAAGCCCACGGAAUAUCUACUACCGGAAUUCGAGGAAAACUGGAUUCAGAGUGAUAUAGAAAUCCUGUUGGCGAGGCAGCAGUAUUGGGCGGCCAUUCGAGCUAAACAUCGUGCGUUGGAUUAUGCAGCAAAAGCAUCAAUUUGA